GUGAGACUACGCCAAGACAUGAGUCUAUUUCGAAGUCUAUCUGAACACAAACAUAUCUGGAAGCUGUACUGGACUCUUAUCUUCCCCUUCGCGGGUUUCAUGAUCGGUUAUAAGAUAGAUAGGAUGGAAACAGAGAAGAUGACAACAUUCAGGGACAAAUCAGCAUUGUAUGGCAGAGAGUUAAAACCUGGGGAGCCACCCUCCUGGCCAUAUUAGCUAUCCUUAUUGUACAUCGUUCAAAUCUUAAAAAAUAGCAGAAUCAAUUAGUGCUUGUUAAGUUAAAUAAAAAAAU